AUGUAUGCGCUGUAUUCCCUCAUCGUUCUGCUGGUCCCCACCACCGAGUCGCUGAUCGGAUCCCGCGAUCGCGAGUCCAACCUUUACUAUACCGACCUCGUCUCUUCCGAAGAGUUCCUGGGGAGCCAUGUGCUGCGAAUACCGAAUACUACGGGCCCUGCGAACAAGAAGGACACCUCAAAUGUUCGCGACACCCGGGGGAAGGCCAAGCAGGUUACCACUGCCAAUGGGCGAACCGUCAUAAUCAAGGAGAAUUCGGUGUACAGCAACAAAGGCUUUAAGUCGCUGAGCCAAGCCCAGCUCCUCUCCGAUGUUCUCUAUUACACACCAAAUAAUGAAUCACAACCAUGGCUCAUCUACUAUAUUUCCAAGCCCCUGGUGGGUUCCUUCGAUCCUGCAAAGAUCACGCCCGCUGCGGUUCCCGGGAAAAUCCCGCCCCAAAAUGCGUCGAAAACCAACACCCAGGCUGAUGGAGAGACAACCGCGCCUCGCAAAAGGGACAUCAAGACGUUCGGAGAGCUGCUGUCCAACUUUCCCAUGAUUGCGAGACAGAUGCAACCGGGUCUGGAUAGACUCUUUCGGGAGUUUGGCAAAGAACUCGGCAAACCAUUGCCGCCGCCUCCCUCUCAGUUCCCGUUUUCACCAGACAAAUAUGAGGACCCGCAAUUCAAAGACGACGUUGCCCAACAAGAACGGCUUCCUUUUAAUUCUGAGGAAUACUUUGAGGACGAUGAGGAUCUCAUGCGACGAAGUCUGGAGACAGCAGUUACCGCUGCAAUUGAUCUCUUCCGUCAAGUGGACAAACAGCAACUCUCUCUCCUGGGUGCUACCACGGACCUGACUGGUCCUGUGGUGGAGCGGCUUAUCGAACGCUAUGUCGCGGAGCAGGUGCAUGAGUCGCUAUUAUUCCCACGAUUGUGUAACUUUCGCCGAGCGGAAGAUGCCGAACUGGAUGCGCGGAUUCGGCAGAUGGAGAACGUCGAUGUUUCCCAGGUUGGCAUCACCAUUGAAGGAGGCCGUAAAGGCAAACAGGAACUUCUUCAGCGACUUGGGAAGGGCGUAGAAGAAUUUCGAAAAAUGAAUGACGCGAAUUGCCCGCAAGAUAUGUUGGAAGUCCUGCUGGCCACCAUUAAGGUUAUCACGGUUCCAGAAUCCAACGAUGAUGUGAAUGCAUCGACAUCUGAGAAGCAAGCCUCAAAUCUGACUGUCAAUGCGGAUAUGUUGGUGUCACUCCUCCUUAUUGUAGUCAUCAGAUCGCAGAUACGCCACCUUCAAGCGAGGCUCCUAUACAUGCAACAUUUUAUUUAUGUUGACGAUGUCGAGAGUGGCGAGAUGGGCUACGCUUUAAGUACGUUCGAAGCAGUUCUUACCUAUUUGGCGAGAAAUUCGGCCGGACUCAGGAAAGCCAGCGCGCGUAACAAGCGUUUAUGGAACGCGACAAAGAGCGGUAAAAUCUCGGAAAUGAAGGCCGUUUUGGAACCGGAUGGGGAUGAAGAGUCGCUGGACGAUGGGGCCCCCGAACUCGAAAGAGCAGCCACAAUGCCGCAUACGAGCGAGGGGCCCGAAUCUGAGUCUCUGUCCCUUAGAUUUGCAUCAGUUAAUGGGAAUUCGCCGGAGACGCAUGCAGAACAAGCCUCAGACGAGCCAUCUUCAGAGACUCCUUCCUUGGCCCAUGUGUUUCCUUUCCAAAUUUGGACAGAAAAUUCGCCUCAAGAACCUGCACCGCGGCCGCCAAAGAAGGUGUCUAUGGACGUUAGCAGCUUGUCAGGAUCCUCCGCGAUUUCUCAACUUUCUCGGACGACGAUCGGAUCAACCUUGAGCGGGCUAGAAGGUGAUAGCUCAAUUGAGACUCUGACGAAAACGCAGGAUCCUGCUGGCGAUUCCGUACCUAUGAUGGCUGUGGAAAGCCGUCAACCAGAGGCCCUAAAGUAUCUCCUCAGCCUCCGAGAAUAUUAUCCACUAGAGGCUAUCAUCGAAGAUACUAACCGUGAUGGCACUACACUACUCAGUGCUGCUGUCCAGCACGCACACUCUGAAAUAGUGGAUAUCAUCGUUGAUUUUCUCUUUCGAGAAACAGAUGAACCCACCAUUGCUGCCUACCUUUCCAAACCCGACAUUCGAGGACGGACAGUGGCACAUUAUCUCUUUAGUGCGCCUUACUUAAUGUCUAGACUCGGCAAUCUACUACCCUGGCGGCAAAAGGACAAGCACGGCCAGACACCUCUUUUUGCGCUUUGCAGAUCUUAUGAUCAUCCAGACUAUCAGUGCAUGGUGAACGAAGCUCUCACGUCAGCUCAGAAGGCCCAGGGUGAUGGCAAGCCUCUUCGCUUAGAUGAUCAUGUUGAUGCAAAGGGCAACACUCUUCUUCAUAUUGUCAGUGAUCCGCAGAUUACACUCAGGAUUCUCCAAGAGUGUGAUUGCGAUCCAAAUGCGACUAAUGAUAAGAAAUUCACGCCGUUGAUGAUGGCAAGCAAAUAUGGCCGUGUGGAUCAGAUGCGAACACUCUUUGCCGAUCCCAGGGUCGACAUUCAUCUCAAGGAGUCCCGCGGUCUGACUGCGGUCGAGCUUGCUAAAGACGAUGAAGUCCGCAACCGGAUCGACGAUCUGAUCCUCUUCUUGAAACCUCCUUCAACACCCAAUGACCACUCAGGUCGCAUUACGACUGUUGUCCGUUCCUUCUUCGUGGAGGACGCCACAGUGCGUUUCAUAUUGAAAUCCGGGGCUCCCGUACCACCUACGGAUGCAAAUGCAGCGUCCGACGGCACCUACGCAGUUACCACUUGUCGACGUACCUUUGAAGACUUUGAGAAUCUAGCGAAAUGGCUGUCAGUUGAGCAUCCUGCUUCUUAUAUGCCCAGUAUAUCUGAGGCUCGAAACCCGUUUCAGAUCCAUUCGAAACCAUCGCGUGCCGUCCUGCAUGACAUGCAAGAAAACCUUGACCAGUUUCUGAAGAUCCUCCUGGCACACCCGACGUUUGCGACGCACGAGAUGCUCUGGGAAUUUUUCCUCGUACCGGAACUGCAACCGGAGAUGAUGGCGGAUCGAUCUCGUCGGAAGGCAUCGGUUCUUUACGAGUCCAUCUACGACGACUAUGAACCAGUGACUCCGGAAGGAAUCAAAGAUACGGAGCAAUUUGUUUCGCAUGCUCAAGACAUGGUUCGUGCCGUUCACGCCAAUACGCGAAGUGUGAUCCGGCGGGGGCAUGCCUUGCAACAUGCAGCAUCGGAUUUGGGGGAUGCCGCGAUGCUCUGCGCGUCGGUGGUCUCGACACUGCAGGAGCCCACAGAUGCCCUUCCGGCAGCAUAUGUUGAUGCAUUCUCUCGCUAUGCGGCCGCACUAUCCACGUCUUCCUCGGACUCGUCCCCGCUCAUCCAAUUCCUCUCGACUAUGAACGCGGUGCAGAGUACGACGGCGGCGAUUCUGGAUUCGCUCGCGCGUCCCACAAGACUCAUCUACACUCUGGGAUCUACCAACCGCAACCUUUCACGCUCACGAUCCUCGCUGAUCUCCUCGUCCAUGCCUCGAAAAUUCAACCUGAACCUUCCCGUGCUUGAAGAGUCCAGACAGAAGACGGUGCGUGAGCUGGAGCAGAAAAUCAAGGAGACCGAAGCCCAAGCCGCGCGACUGUCGCGGGAGAUCUCAUGGAACAAGGACGUCGUAGUCGGCGAGCUGGCCGGAUGGACGUCGUGGCGGGAGAAAGUGGGGAGAGACGCGAUCCGGUCAUUCGCGAAGGCGACCCUGGUGGCAGAACGAGAACGUGGUCGGCGGCUAGAACGGUGUCUGAGAAGCAUCAAAGAGCUAUCGACCCAGGCGCCGAAACCGUAUUAA